AUGUUCACGGCCAAGUACCUGAAGCAGUGCAAUCAGCUGCUUAUGUGGUAUGUUGGCUCGAGACCGUCGUCUCUGCAACCCGUUUUAGAUAUGCCUAUCUCUCUAACCCGGACUGGUUUGCCUCGUAUCAUACCUCCUCAAUAUCGUAAAAUGAUAAGAGGUGGGGAUAUGGAGGUGACGAGGAUGUCAGCGGCACUGGAAAUUGACUUCCUAAAACGUACUACUUCUAGAAACCAAGUCCUACUGCCGAAGGUGAUCCUUGGCUUUGGCUGGCUAUCUGAAUGUCUCAUGGACGGCGUCAAUAAUAGGAAAGUUCCCUAA